AUGAAGCUCCUGUUAUUACUCACAGUUUUAAUACCAUUGUGUGUCUCGGUGCCCACUAAGCCUGGCUGUUGUGUACCACCAGUUUGGGAAGGCAUACAAGGGAUGUUUUCUGGAGAUGGAUCAGGACCUGCACCUGAGCUUAUUCAACAAAGUGCGUUAAUAUCUUACGAUGAGAAGAGACAAAUGAUAAAUAUCAAUAUAACCCAAAGUAUUCAUGGUUUGACAUCUGAUGUUAGAAUACUGACGGAUUAUAAAAAGGGAGUUCAAUAUCUGAUAAAUUCAAAGAGCCGAAGUUGUACUACAUCAAAAGUACCCCAAACUUUCCAACGAUUUUGCAUACCUGACUACUUCUAUUAUAAAGGUUCAUUUAAUGUUGCCUUUACCCUCCGAGCAUCCACAGAACAAUUUAUAGUCCCUUUAAUAUGGUCCAAAUGUAAAAGCAACUCGUCAAACUUCUUUAAGAUGAGAAAAGCUUGCUUUAGUCGAGACAUUCAGUUAGUGGUCGGAACCUGUGAUUGUCUAUUUAAUUAA